AUGCAGUUCCUCCUAUCAGCUUGGGCAUUUGCCCAAACUGUAUUUGACUUCACGCUCAUCCCCAACUAUGACUCCAGCAUGCCACUCACUUCCACCAGGCAUGCACAUAGCCUGAGACAAUCGAGAGCGCGUGCAGCUGCCUCCGACGUCGCCAUGCGCGCUUUCAAAGCGGAAGCCCUCGCAAGCAAUGCGAGCUUCCUGCAAAGACUCGACCCCGACGGCUGUCGUCACGUCUCCCACAACUUCCUCAACUACCAGACCUACCCUGGCUAUGACAACUCUAUCGGAGUGAGCGGGGCUGGUCCAAACGGGUACAGGAUGUUCAGUUCAACAUCCGAUAUCAACGACCCCAACACCGAAAGUCGGCUUCGCUAUGAUUUUGUAUUCAACGACGGUAGCGCUCCCUACACGAGCAUCUGGAUUACCAUGCGCGGAGCCCCAGACAGCGGUAAAAACUCCAACGUCGUCCUCCGCGAAGAGCUCUGCGUCGUCGGUCCCCUCGACCCCAACGGCAGCCACUACCACGACUGCGAUGAGAUCGACAUCGCAGAGAUCUACGGUGGCGGGAACAACCAAGCCGAGUUCACAUUCUACACCGGCUCUGGCUCGUACAUCCCGGGCAAGCAACCCCAGCGCCAGGGCGGCGGGGUGUACACCGACACCACCAACGGCGCAGCUGGGCAACAAUUUUACGAGUACCAGUUGUAUUUGGAACAGGGGAAGUACCUUACGUUCACUAUUGCGGAUGUGAAGACUGGGCAGACAAUUGGGAAGCGGGAUUAUGGGCCUCCGGGUAUCCCAUCGAAGCCGUUGAACUUUUUCAUGGGGGAACGACUAUGUCCAAACUCCACCCCGUUACUUAUGAAUUUCUCCUGCAUGCAUGAAUACGUCGCCGAGAACUCGAUUCUACCGACCAAAGUUCGUGUGGUGGCCCUCAAGUCGCGUACUGCCAAGACCAAGAAUCUUGCCCUCCGUCGCCUCCCGAACCUUGGUGCUGGAGGCUCUUUCGAUGUUCAGGUUGCAGCGCUAGCACCCCAUUACACCAACCUCUACAAAUCUCCACAAACCUUCCCUCCUCGAUCGCUCGCCCAGCACUGCUUUCUAGUGGUCGAGUCGGAGGCUCGGAGCACCGCGGCUAACGUCUCCACCUCCACCCAAAAUCGCAACUCCGUCCCACAGCAGACACCUGCCAUAGCACUAGGCUCAUCCACUGGCACCGUACGCCCAUUUUUCCUUUCUCCUCUUAAUCGCCCUUCCUUUGCGCAAUCUUUGGAGCAGUUUCAAUGA